AUGUCGACCUCUGCGCAAGACGAAUUCAACGCUCUCUACAACAACAAUCAGGAUCAAAAGCUCAGCGGCCAUCCAGACGAUAGAUCGGAAUCUUCAGACAACGACAGCACCACUCUGAAUUCUGGUAACGACGACGAGCAGACCUUGGCCUCCAAUACCUCUGCCGAAAUGCCUGCGGCCGCUACCUAUCUCCCCACCACCACCCAAUUCGACGCCAACACUGGACCAAAAGGAGUCAUAGCUGAUGCUCGCUCCUUCGAGACCGCCAAGAAACGAAGCUUCCGACAGACAAUCUAUGCAUUCUCCAGCGAUAUUGUAAACAACAAGAAGAUCAACUUCACGCACGAGAAGAGCAAGAGCCCUAGUCCUGACCUCUCCGAAAAUGACGAAGAAGACGACUUCAUGCGAACGUGGCGGGAAAAGAGAUUGGGUGAGCUGGCAAGCGGUAACCAGGGGAUCCGGACAAGACGGCAAAGUCCUAGUCAGCGAAGAUACGGCUCACUGGUCACUGUCGACCCUAUUGGAUACCUUGAUGCUAUAGAGAAAGUGGCCACUUACACCACCGUUGUGGUUUUCAUCUAUGACGAUGAGUCGUCCCUGAGUGGCAAAGUGGAAGAUGCCUUGAAAGACAUUGCCCGGAGACAUGCGACCACACGCUUCGUCAAGAUGCAUUUCCUGGAUGCCGAGAUGGAAGAAAUUGCUGCGCCAGGGAUCCUUGCAUAUAAAGGCGGCGAUUGCUUUGCGAAUCUGGUGUCGCUAAUGAGUGAAAUGCCCGCUGGCCGGGAUAUCAACUCUACGACCCUAGAGGGGGUUCUGCAAGAGCACAAGGUCCUGCUAUGA